AAUACCUUCAACGCGGUCGCGGUUAAAUAUUUUUCGUAAAUUUUUCGUAAAAAAAACGGUGGAAAAGUGUUAAGAAAUCUGCAUGUUUGAUGGAAAUCCCCAGUUUAAUGGUUCCGUAGCUAAAUUCCUUGUCUUCCCGCGCUACUACGCUACUACUAUUUACUACGAGACCAACGAGAUUCGUGAAUCGCGCCCGCGCCGCUCUCGCAGAGCACGCACGCACGGCGCCAGAGCGCCAAUUUUCCAUUCAUUUUCUCGCCAGGCUUCAACCGGAUCAGUUUGUUCUGUUCUGUUCUAUCUGGUUCCGGUUCCAAAUUAUCCGUUUGUCGUGAUCCUGUGCUUUCUGCUUCCGAAACUCACGUAACAAACCCGGCACGGCAGUCCGGGUUUCUUCUUCGUUUACGUAUUUUGUAAUAUCCGCCGGAGGAGAUUCCGCGUGCGAUCAGUGACUAGUGUGUGUGUGUGUGUUUGUGGAUCGUAGUGUUUGGCCUAAGCCUCUAAUCAGUUCAUUUAACUAAUCAGCUAAUUUCACAGCUAAAUGUCCACGAUGAACCGCGAGUUGUCCGAGGACAGCGCGUUUGCCGCUGGCCGCAACAGUUGGAAUCGUCACUACCAUAACAGCGUGGUACAGCCACUCCUCACCGACUUGUACCAGAUAACGAUGGCAUACGCCUACUGGAAAUCGGGAAAAAUUGAUGAUCAUGCGGUCUUUGACCUGUUCUUUCGCACGAACCCGUUCCAGGGCGAAUUCACUAUUUUUGCCGGGCUGGAGGAGUGUCUGAAGUUUCUCGACAGUUUCCACUACUCGGAAACAGACAUUGAAUAUCUGAAGCAUGCUUUACCGCAAGGCAUCGAAGAAGACUUCUUUGAAUACCUUAGCCAACUGACGGCAAAGGACGUCACGUUGUACGCAAUUGAGGAAGGAUCGGUAGCGUUUCCGAGAGUGCCACUUAUUAAGGUAGCAGGACCAUUGAUUAUAGUGCAGCUGCUAGAAACCACGCUACUGACGCUGGUAAAUUACGCUAGCUUAAUGGCUACAAACGCGGCACGAUAUCGAAUGGUUGCUGGAAAGCACAUACAUUUGCUCGAGUUUGGACUUCGUCGUGCUCAAGGUCCGGACGGUGGCCUAUCUGCUUCCAAAUAUUCCUAUAUUGGUGGGUUCGAUGGUACAUCGAACGUACUGGCCGGGAAGUUGUUCAACAUUCCUGUGAAAGGUACUCACGCUCACGCCUACAUCACAUCGUUUACCGGGAUCGAUGAGCUGAAGACACGUGUCCUGCAGCACAAGGAAGAUGGAACAACACGAGAUCUGCUAGAGCUGGCCAUAGAACACCGAGCGCAGUUGACAAGCGUUCUAGAUGUAUCGACGGACGAGAGUAGCGAAGGCGAGCUGGCGGCCAUGGUUUCUUUCGCGAUCGCCUUCCCGGAUGGCUUCAUGGCACUAGUCGACACGUACGAUGUCAAGAGUGACAAACUGCUGGGCGAACCGACCGUAGAUCUGCUCGAUGCACCCGAUACGAUCGUUUGCGAUCCUUUCUGUGUUGGGCGAAUGCACGGUGGGAGCUCGGAAGAGUUACUUCAGCCGUUCAUAGUUACAACACUGUCAGAGAUCCCGGAAGAGGAAUGCAAUGGAUGCGCCACCGAAGAAUGCGGCCAACCGGCUGAAGCUGAAAUCGAACAGUUGACUGAAGAUGCGGCAGUCGAGUCCGAACCAGCACCGGAGGAACCAGUCUCCAGGAGCCUGGACGAAACAGAGGGUCUUCCUGCUCCAGAAGUUGCGGCGGAAGAGAGUCCUCCGUCAGCAGAAGGAGCAGAUGGAGAAGACCAAAUACCAACCACGUCGAUUGUGGUUGAAGACGUAAACUCACCAAAAAAUGAUGAAAAUGGCAAUGAUGAAGAUAUGGAAGAUCAAAACAUACUGAUAACGGUAUCUAACGGCGAUGAAGCUGACGACGAAGCUGACGAAGGCCAGCUUGACGAAAUCGAACAGCACGAACAAGCAGAGGAAGCUGAAGAGAUCACCAGAUGCGCGAACUGUGAGGCACUGAACACCAUGAUUCACCACCUGAAAUCCGUUGGAAAGUCCUUCAGGAGCGGUUUACUCAACUUCUGUGCCGUGGCUCUUGCCUUGAAUGAACAAGGCUUCCGUGCGAUCGGUAUCCGCAUCGAUUCAGGUGAUCUGGCCUAUCUGAGCUGCUUGGCGCGUGAAACAUUCGAGCGAAUCGCCGAACGCUUUAAGCUGCCCUGGUUCAGCAAGCUGACGAUCGUGGCUUCCAACGACAUCAACGAGGAAACUAUACUGAGUCUCAAUGAGCAGGGUCACAAGAUCGAUUGUUUCGGUAUCGGCACACAUCUGGUAACCUGCCAACGUCAACCUGCACUGGGAUGCGUAUACAAGAUGGUAGAGAUUAACGGUCAACCCCGCAUUAAGUUGAGUCAGGACGUCGGCAAGGUGACGAUGCCGGGCAACAAGAAUGUAUUUCGGCUGUAUGGUGCCGAUGGCCAUGCAUUGAUCGAUCUGCUGCAGCGAGUCGACGAAAAUCCCCCUGAGAUGGGGCAGAAGGUUCUGUGUCGCCAUCCAUUCCAGGAGUCAAAGCGUGCUUACGUCAUUCCGACGCAGGUUGAACCAUUAUAUCGAGUAUACUGGACAGAGGGCAAAGUGGCACAAGUAUUGCCUUCGCUGGAAGAGGUUCGUGAGCGGGUACAGGUAUCGCUGAAGACCUUACGCCAGGAUCAUAAGCGCACACUGAACCCGACACCUUACAAGGUUGCCGUGAGUGAUAAUUUGUACAACUUUAUACACGAACUAUGGCUGCAGAAUGCCCCGAUUGGCGAGCUUUCAUGAUAAGCUUGCUUUUUCAAAAGUCGUCCUGGAAGAAGCAUCAUCGUCUCGUGUAACGUGUUGCUCCUGCUGCUUAUAACCUCCUUUUCAUCGUUGGGAAGUGUUGCAAUAGGUUUUGUUUUCCAAGUUCUUGAUAUGUGUUUAAUUUUUUUUGCUUUGGUACUCGGUUAGUGAGUGAACCGCAGAAGUAGUUUAGAUUUUUGCGAAAACGAUUUCAAAAGAGAACGUUCCUGUACGGUGUGGUGCUGGGUCCAAUGCUUUUCUGACUUGGUCCAAGUUUUAUCGGUUGUUUUGCUCAGUGUUGCAGUUGCUCAGUGUGGCAGGAAGGAGGAAAGGCGUAAAACCAUACCGGACCAGGUUCGUUGCCAUCCAUUAAGCCUUGAGUCUUUAAGAACUUUAUUAAGAGUUGACUCACGGUUAGGUUGAUUAUGAAAGCUUAUUUAAUAUCGAUAAGAAAAGUCACAUUCGAUACAGCACAAUAUAGUACUUGUCUCCACCGAACGGUCAAGCUACGGGACCGAUUAAAAGCAUUCCUUCGUUUUAUCUUGAUCCUGCCCUACACCAUAGGAUAUGUUAAGAGGAUAAAAAGGAAUAAGUUUAGCAAAACAUUUUUCUAUCGCACCUAUUUUAUUAAUAACAUGUCACGUUUCAUUGAAUACCGUUAUACGAAGAUAGAAGAACAAUUUCCUGGCGCAGGUGUGUUCGCAAACUGGAAUUUGAGUGCUGAAAGUACAAAAGUCGUAACUCACAACACAGCAUUGCUGGACAGUAAGUUGGAAAAAGUCAACAGUUGGAAAUGCACGAUGCCCGGCGAUAUGGAUAGCUGCAGCCGUAGCAUCUGUGUCUUUGUUAUUCCUGCAGCGAAAUAUUUGGAGGAAAUUGCGUUAAAUGUUAGUCUCUCGUAAGCCUAGCAAAAGUGAGAGAAGAGAAAAACAGACACCCAAUAUUGUGAUAAACCUAGAUUUGUUGUCAUUACGAAUAGUAUAUAGUAACACUUUUACCAUUGAAUGGGAACGUUUGACGAGCCCGCGUAUGUGAAGGAACGCAUCGGUCGGUGGCAGGAGCUUCAGAUUGCUCAAUCUUUGAUCAAUUAAAAUGAAAAUGCUGCCCGUAUCGUUUGGCUGGAUAGCAAGGAUAUUGACCAUUGGAUAGGAAUUGGAAAACUUUUGAUGCAACUAAUCCCAUGCGAAAUGCUUUUGGGAACCGUAACAUAUUCUAUGAAAUUAACUUGUAGGAAUUGAUUUAAAUAAAUCAACAGAUUGUGUGAGAUGUAAUGUAGCUAAAGUGAAUAUCACUGUGCCUUAUUGAUAUGCAGGACACGAGCACGAAGCCAAGGCAGGGCCCAGAACACUAGCGAUCACGCACAGCAAUGCUGCCGAGCAUGUAGGAGCCUCUACCAUCACAAUGCACGCUGUCGCAGCAGCAAGCAAAGAGCGCUUUGCCAUAGUUGUGAUAUUUAUUUUACCUAUCAACGUUCAUUUUACUCCUCAGUUCAAUAGGUUCGAUUUAAAUAAGCUUUCAUGGCAUAAGCUCGAAUUUCACACACCGCGACCACAUGUUUGAUUAGAGAUACGAAUGGCAAACGUAGUUACAUAGAAUUUUUAAGACAACCAUAGACUUAACGAUAUCAAAAGCCACACUUUCCACCUAACUGCACUACACGAAAUUGCAUUCCUCUAGGGGGCAACCAGCAAUUGUUAGAUCAUCUUUGAAACCAAGAAACGAACGAAUCCCGGAAUUGGGUGAUCGUACGAAUUUCGUUGGAAUUCCGGAACGCCGGUAUACUACAGAUAAACCACUUUGGACAUCUCUUUACUACGUUGGUACCUUGGAGGUUAUAAGAAGAUAAUUGAUAUUGGAAACCCCAAUUAUAAAGCGGGCAAUACAACAUUCGACAUGAAUAAAGCAAACCAGUUUCUGGAGUGUAAGCUUGCGUGGUGUUUGUAAGGAUCUCUGAAAUCCCGAGAUUAAUUAAUCAACAAUGUAUAACAAGCCUAAAAGAUAAAGCUAAUAAAACUGUUACUAAACUGUCGGGAUAAUU